CCUGAGGUUCUAGUGGACUCUCUCCCCAAAAAUAUAGAGAGAGAAAAGAUCAGCAUGUAAAAGGGGAGGCCAUUCCUCAACUCCCUGCUCCCCAAAGUUUUGUUUCCAUAAAACAAUGUUUUCCAUAUUUAAUUUCUCAGGCGGGAAAAGGAUUUGUGGAGCAGAGCAAAAAGGGAGACCGAGGGUGUUGUGUUGCCUUCCACGUCCCGUGGCCUAGUAACCGUUUCCAUGGGAACCAGGCGUCAACAUCGCGAAGCAAACCCAAGAGGAAUAGAAGGGGCAUUUUAUUUUCUUCCCCAGAGAGGACUGCUAAGAGGUCAAAGGGGAAUUAUGUGAAAGAGAGAAAACUUAGUUUCUUGUGAACGCCAGCGAGGUGCAAAGGAAGCUGUGAAGAAAGGGAGGUAUUAGCAUAGUGAGAAAAAAGUUGAGUAGUUCUUUAGGAGUGAUCUGAUGGCGAUGGAUCCUGGGUGCUUUUCUGAGAGCAUUUAUAACCUUAUACCCAGUGACUGGAAGGAGCCGCCCCAGCCUCCUAGGUACACAUCAAUUUUUAAGACAGCUAUAAAAAAUGACAUGCAAAAACUUAAAACUUCAAUGAAAACUAUGGGGCCAGCAAAAGUUGAAGUACCUUCUCCGAAGGAUUUCCUGAAGAAACAUUCAAAAGAAAAACCACUACCACCAAAAAAAAAGUUUGACUGGAAUGAGCCCAGAAAGCCUCCUGUGCCAUUAAGGAGUGAACAUCCAGUCAUGGGAAUACAGAGUGAAAAAAAUUUUAUAACUACAAAUGCAGCCGAUGUCAUUAUGGGAGUGGCUAAAAAGCCUAAACCAAUUUAUGUUGACAAAAGAACUGGAGACAAGCAUGAUCUUGAACCUUCAGGCUUAGUUCCAAAGUACAUCAAUAAAAAGGAUUAUGGUGCCACACCUGAAUAUAUUUGUAAGCGAAAUGAGGAAAUAAAGAAAGCCCAAGAAGAAUAUGAUAACUUUGUCCAGGAAAGCCUUAAGAAAGCAGCUAUGAAAAGACUAUCAGAUGAAGAAAGGGAGGCAGUUCUACAGGGCCUGAAAAAGAACUGGGAAGAGGUACAUAAAGAGUUCCAGUCCCUCUCAGUCUUCAUCGAUUCCAUACCAAAGAAGAUUCGCAAGCAGAAGCUGGAGCAAGAAAUGAAGCAACUGGAACAUGACAUUGGUAUCAUUGAAAAGCACAAAAUUAUUUAUAUUGCCAAUAAGUAAUAAUGUAUUUUCAAAGUAUAGUCAUUGUAGCAUAGGAAAACAACAUGAAUAAAAUAAAAAUGAAACUAGGGUUUGCAAAGAGGAAAACAUUAUAUAGGAAAUAAAGAGUCUUUACUAAAAUGUUUAGGCAAUGUUUAAAGAAUUAUUGAAGUAUUUCCCUACAUAAAAGAAAAUUUUGUUUUUACCAGUGUUAAGUUUUCCAUACAAAAAGCAAUUAAAGUUUGAUGU